AAUAAUAAUGAACUGAUAUCACCUUUCAGUUGAAUAUGAAGAUAAGAAUUUAAAGAUUUGAUUGAAGUGGAAAUUAUUAUUGUGGGAUGUAGAAACGCAAUAUCUUAUUUUCAACCAAUAAUACAGCUAGUUGUAUGUAACAGGUGUUUUGUUGAUUCUAAACGGAUAUAUACGGCUGUUUCAACAACAAUCAAUAUACUCUCACAUCAUACAGACAGCAAGAACUUGCUCUAUUAAGAUUAACAUCGACAAAAAUAUUUAGCAUAUUGUGGACAAACAAUUUAAAUUUAAAGUGGAAUGGAUCAAUCAGUAAGUAAUGAUGUAUCGGAACCAAAUCAAGAUGAUAUGGAACAGUUGAUGAUAGAAAAGGCUCAUGACCUCUUUCAGUUAUGUGAUACGGAACAAAAGGGUUUCAUUACAAAACGUGACAUGCAACGACUGAGAGCAGAACUACCAUUAAGUCCAGAUCAGCUAGAAAACGUUUUUGACUCUUUAGAUGAUGAUAAAAAUGGCUACUUGACAUUAGAAGAAUUUACUGAUGGCUUUGGUAGUUUCCUGGGUAUGAAACCUAGUAAAGACAAUAGAGAUGAGGAUGGAGAUGAUCCAGAAGGGUAUGUUUAUGAAGAAGAUGAAGAUGGAAAUAUAGGCAAGCAGUUUGAUGAUAUGAUGGAACAAGUUGGUGCCAAGAAGAUCCUACCAGAUGAUGAGACAAUAAAAGCUUUAUGGAUAAAGCUACAGAAAGAUGAGCCAGGAUUAUUAGAAUAUUAUGAGGAUUUUUUGUCUAAAGUGUCUACAGAUAUCAAAAAGUCCCAGACAGAUUGUGACGAAUUAGAACAUGCAUUAAAACUUAAAACUAUGAGCCAUGAUAAUGAAAUAAAAAAAUUAUAUGAAGAAAUGGAAUUCCAAAUUAAAUCAGAAAAAGAAAGAAUAGUAGCAGAGGAAAGAGCUAGGGAGAAAAGUUUACGGUUGACUAUGGAGCAAGAAUUGUCCGACAAAGAAAGACAAUAUCAAGAAAUGUUAUCUAAGCAACAAGAGAUGGAAAAAAGAUUAGAAGACAUGAACAUGAUUGAAGCAGAAACAAAACAGGAAAAUGAAAGAUUAUUAAAAGAAAGAGAAGCAUUAGAGAAUAUGUUAUAUGAAUCACAAGAAAGUUUACAAGAAUCUCAAUCUUAUAUAAAUCAUCUGAGUUCACAGUUUAAAGAUGAUAAAAGACAAAGAGCCUUUGCUGCAUUAAGAUUAUCUGAAGGUAUAGCUUUAGAAAGAGAAAGUUUAGUCAAACAACUAGAUGUUUUAAAAGAUGUAAAUACCAAAUUACGAGAUGAUCGGGAUGAAGCUGAACAAUGUGAAGCAAGUGGAGUAAUAGGUAGUGAUCUGACAUCAGAAAAUGUUGCGAGACCAGAGGAAAAGGGAAGGAAAGGAUCCAUUCUCGCCAACUACUUCCCAGUUAGAAGAUCCCACAUGCAAUCCGAAGGGAGUAUGAAGACAAUGGAUGAAGAAAGUAUAGAUGAUGAUAUAGAAUGUGAUGAUGAUGAUGAUCCUAGUUUAUAUAUAACUCAACCUAUAGAUAAUAUAAAUAAUAUAAAUAAUAAGAAAUGUAAAUAUAAACGUAGUAGAAGACAAGAUAUAUCCGAUUCAUGUAGUAGUGAUCCAGAGAGUGAAGUAGCAUUACAUAGAUCAGCUGUGAUGGCUUUUAAUAGUGUAGAGGAACUAGCACCUGAUGAUCGAGCUUCUAGUGUAGUCAGUCAGUCAUUGGGUAAUGAAUUAGCAAGAGUACGAGAUCAACCAGUAGGAGCAGCUGAUGCAAGUAAUUAUAUGGAUACAGUAGAUUUUGUAAAACCCAAAGGACCAGAAAGAAUAUUUAAAGUAGUGUUUGUUGGGGAUUCUGGUGUGGGCAAAAGUAGUUUUAUUCAUCGAUUCUGUAAUGACACAUUUAAAGGAACAUUUGCAGCUACAAUAGGUGUAGAUUUCCAGAUUAAAACAGUAGAACAAGAUGGUCAUAUUAUAGCUUUACAACUGUGGGAUACAGCUGGACAAGAAAGAUUUCGAAGUAUAACUAAACAGUAUUUUCGUAAAGCUGAUGGUGUUGUUAUAAUGUAUGAUGUAACAUGUGAAUCAACUUUUACUAAUAUUAGAAACUGGAUGAUCAGUGUGGAGGAAGGAGUAGACGAUGGUACAGUAUUAGUUCUUGUUGGUAAUAAAACAGAUUUAAUAGAUCAACAAAAUAGUGGUGUUGUAAAAACUAAAGAUGGCAACAAGUUAGCUGAUGAGUAUGGUGCCUUGUUUUAUGAAACUAGUGCUAAAUCUGGAUCAGGUAUAGAAGAGACUAUUGAUGGUCUUUCAAGUUUAUUACAAGAGAAAGAAGACAAGGCUAUGGAAGCUGCUCUACGAUUGGAUGAAUUUGUUGUUAAGAAGAAAGGAUGCUGUAAAUAGAUUUAAAAACUAUCUGGAUCUACUGUCAUAAACAACUUCACUUCAUACCUGUAGUUCUCUAGCGAACACAACUUCUACUUAGGGUUGCAUUGAUACCAAGAGCUUCAAUACAAUGUACAUCGUGAUUCAUAGGCCUACUUCAAAAUAUGAUUUAUAUAUCACAAUGUAAAAAAUGGCAUUAGAAUUAUUGUAUUACACUCCAGUUUACAGAAUGAGUAAUAUCAUGACUAUCAUCAUAAAACUUACAUACAUUGUCUUGAUCUUUUGUAUUUUCAAUUUCUAUCUUGUUCUAAAAGUAUGAUCUGAUUUUAUUCAUUAUCAUCUGGAUCCAGCUGUUCAAAAGUAGGGAAUCAGUUUUUUUGCCAGUUAAUAUUCAGAUUUAUCACUUAUGACUGUGCAAACUUUGACUGGAUUUUGAAAAUAUCUUCAUUCAUUCAUCAAAUUUCAGUGCAGCCCUAUUUUUUUCACCAAUGUAGAUGAAAUAUAUGUGCUAUUUUGAAGAUGAAUAAAACUAGUAACAAGACGCCCAUUACAAUGACUCCACAAGUGAUAUUCAAGUCAAAUGUUGAAACUAGUUUCCAUAUAGUUUAUAUACUACAAGUAAUAGGUUUACUACAACUGGUGUGGGAUUAUAUUGUAAAUUAAAAUUACUCUGGGCCCUGUUUCUCGAAAUCUUAACUAAAGAUAAAAUCCAAAUUUUAGUAGAUACUUCAAUUUUGAUUGGCUAAUCACUAAAAUCAAUCUAAUAUUAUCCAAUCAAAUUACUAAAAUUUGGAUUUUAUCUUAGUUAAAAUUACGUGAAACAGGCCCCAGAUACUAAAUGCUUUAAAUACAUGCAACAAAAUGUUGAUCUGUUUUCAAGAAAAAGAAUAAGUGGCUGUAGUAAUAUAUAUUACCAUCAAAGAUUAAUAUAUAUUAACCUACCAGAUUUGUUUGUUCUUGCAUUGUUACAUGGGCUAACAGAUUGUUCCAUUACAAAUACAUUUAAUAAUGCAAUCACACACUGUUAUAAACUAUAUGAAAACCAGCCAUUCCACUAAUUACAUUACCCAGUGCAAUAUGUAGUAUAAUUAUCAUUUUAUUUAUUAUAUAUAGACCUGUACAAAUUGUAAUAUAAAACCCAAAAACUUUAUUUAAAUGAUUUUAUUGUAUCUUUUUUAUACAUUUCCCAAUAAACUUAACAGGGUAUGAGGUAUGGCUUAUCUUUCUAUAACACCUGAUACCACUUCUGAUAUAAGUUCUUAUAGCUAACAAGUUUUACACUGACAUUUAUAUGUACUUCUUACCACAAACUAUGAUUAGCAAUAUUUUGUAUAUUUUACAUUAUGAAGCUUAUUGUUAAAGAUGCAUUAUGUAAGAUUUAAAUAAAGAGCUGAUAGUUUUUGCUAUAAUAGUUUAAAAAUAGAUAUUAAAAUUUUUGAGUGAAGUUUUGAAUGUUUUGACAAGAUGUAGUGUAGUUUAUUUAUUAUCAUAGCAACGGUCUCGAUUAUCCAUUUCAUUGUUAAAUCUCAUUGGUGUUCUAAUCCAUUUAGAUCUUGGCCAUCUGAUGGUCUAGAAAGAUGACUAUAUAAUAGUUUAUUUACCAUUUGAAGCCAAAAUAAAGAUCUGCUACAGGCAGAUUUGGGUUUACAUAAUGCAUCUUUAAGGGAGGGAGGGGCCUGAAUGUUCUACAGUAUUGUGCUAUCGUAGUUGGUCUAUUAACUACACAAACUGUUAUGGUAUCUCUAGGAUUUCUCCAUUUCUUUGUACUGUGCAAAUAGAAGGAUAUUAAAUAUUGUCUAGGUACAUAUACCCCGGGUUCGCUUUUUGUUGUUGUCGCACAUGUAUCAGACUGUAACUUCAUGGAUUAUGGCCCCUGAUUUAUGAAAAAUCACAUUAUUAGCUUGUGGACCCUAUAGAGGUCACAAUUUUUAUCUGAUUUUGUUGAAAUAUGAAAUAUAAGUUUAUAAGCCAAAGAUCUUGGUUCCGUUCGAUAUUCGCGCAUAUCGGACUGUAACUUCCUGAAUUAUAUGGCCCCUGAUUGUAUGAAAAACCACGUUUUUUAGCUUGUUGACCCUAUGGAGGUCACAAUUUCAUUACGGUUGAGUUCGAAUUUCGUGAAAAUCGGACCAAAACUGCCAGACAAAAUGUCUGCCCCUCGAACGCAAACAGUGUAAAAAUAUGGUAUAUCAAGGUUGUGGACCCUCUAGACUAGAGCUCACAAUUUUGAUGAAACUUGAAAUAUAUGUUUAUAACCCAAAGAUCUUGGAUCCUUUCGAUAUUUGCGCAUAUUGGAUCGUAACUUCCUGAAUCGUGGCUGUUGACUGUACGAAAAAUCGCAUUUUUAGCUUGUUGUCCCUCUAGAGGUCACAAUUAUUAUCCGAUUUAAAAAAACGUGUGAAUAUAUCAUCGUUACACCUGUCAAUAUUCACACAUAUCUGAUCGUACCUUCCUGGAUUAUGGCCCUGAAUGUUACGAAAAAACCCUUUUAGUUUAGCUUGUUCUCUAUCCAUCUCUUGAAAAAUGUGGGUGUAUCCUGCCUGGCAGCCGCUGGUUAUUCAAUUUUGGCAUUUCUAACUGUUUAAGACUUUCACCAUGAAAAUUGAAAUUUAUUGUAUCUUUUGGGGUACAAAAUUAAUCCAAAAAUAUAUUUAAAGCUGCUGAUGCUGAUUGUCAUUUGCAUUUUUCUGAAAAUAUCUUAUUUUCAUAUCGUUAUCCACCGGGCGAUUUACAAUGCAAAUAUGAUGAACAUGUAAAAAUGACUAUACUUUUAAUUAGAAUAUAACCAUAUGGUGACUAAAUAAGUUAUGAGUUACAAUAAUAUUUGCAUAUAUUACUGUUAGUAUGAUUUAAUAAUUUGUUUUUAAAUCAACAUUUGUAUAUGCCCACAUAUUAAAUUGCUGUCACCCCUCUCGGUCAGUCGUCCACAAUGCUUAAUAGCACCCAUAUAUCAUUAUGAAAUUGAUGUGGGUUGUAUAUAUUUCAUUAAAAAGGAGACUAACUAAUAAAAUCCAGUUAUUCCCAUCUGUUACAUUUUGUGUAGGCUGCAAUUAUUAAUAUUUCUGAAAUGUAUAUAAAUGGUCUGUACUAUUAAGAAGAAUCUUAUAGAUUUUCAAGAUUUGUAUAUGCCCACAUUGAAAUUGAAAUGUGGUUUUAUAUUGUAUUUUCCCUGUUCUACCGUCUUUCUGAAAUCUGUAUUGAUGUCUGUCCUAUUGGAAAGAGGAACCCUUUUUAACGAUAUUGGUAACGUACAGAAUAACUCCCCCUUGUAAUGAAAUCCUGUUGUUAGUAACCCAGGCCCGUAGCCAGAUUGCUAGCUUCGGGAGGGCAGUGAAGUUUUUAGGGGGGCCACACCUUGCACAGUCUACAGUACGUAUGUUAGAGCUAUGGUUGGCCAUUUUUUUUUUGGGCCCCCCCCCUUGCCCCACUCUGGCUACAGGCCUUUUAGUAACAUAGCCACUUCAUUUAUGAUGCAACCUUUCUGAAAUUCAUAUUGUCUAUCCUGUUGAAAGGAAUACCCUUUGAUUUUCAACAAUAAACAAUAUUUAUUAUGAAAUAUCAUUAGCUUAAAAACAUGAAAUACACCAGACAAUGUAUUAGUGUAUAGUCUUCCAAAUUAUAUAAAUAUAUACAUAGUUUGUUUUUAUAAUUAAUAUUAUGGUCUAUUUACAUCUUUGUUCUAUUAUAUUUUUACAGAUGACUGUUAAUCUUUCAAAGUUUAAAUAAAAUUUAUCAGAACUUUA